AUUCAAAGAAGCACGUAGUGACAUCUUUUGGUGGAAAAUUCAACAUUUUAAAAUUCAAGAAAUCUUUAACGAUCUAAAACGCCUAAUUGUGUUUACAAAUUGUGAAAACGAGAAAAUUAUAGAAUAAAAUAAUAUUUGAUAAGAAAGAUGCCUGAAAAUAGAAAAAGGCUUGAGAAAGAUAUUGAUAGUGCCAUAGUUCAUCGUUGUAUUGAGCUGAAAUUUCCUAGAGAUUCAAUUUUAAAUCCGGAAUAUGUUAGAAAAAUUGAUCGAUCAAGACAGAUGCCAUUAUUCCGAAAUUUUAUUGAAAGAGUUUACUCAAAAGACAAAGUUUCUUGUAUUCGAAAUAAUCUGCUUAUUCAUUCGUGUAAAAAAGACAAUCAAACAAGACACAAUACUAAGAAUGAUCCAGCUCAACUAAAACUGUUAUCAGAAGCAAGAGUAUUAAAGAAACACAUUGAAAUAGCUGCACAGAAACAUGACGGAUUGAAACAAAUCGAGAAGAAAUUGAUCAAGCAAUUGAAGGAUCGAGACAAUGAAUCAGAGAAAAUUCCAACAAUCAAGAAGGUUGAAAUGAAAAAUGUAAGAACGAGUAUUCUUGAAGCGAAAUUGUCAACCAUGCAGGAUCAAUUAGAAAAAGGAAAGAAAUUGAAUCUUGAUUUAAAUAAACUAUUUAUGAAACAACCUUUACCAAGAACCUUUGCUCAGAUGGACACAAAUUUAAAUGACACCAACAAUAAAGAAAUCGAUAAAUCCUUAGAAAGUAUUGAAUUCUUCUAUGAAUCUUCAAGACGAGGUGAGAACAUCUCACCCAAUGCUUUAUGGAAUGAUGUGACUAAAUCACUUGGUGUAAUUCCUAACUACAACAUAUUUGAAAGGAUCAUUAAGAAAAUGGAACAUCAAUGCUCUGUUCUGUCUAACAACACUUCAUUAGCUUCAUUAGAUAACAAUAGCAAAUUUCCUUCAUUAGCAAACGACGAGCACUUGUUAUUGGAUCUGAAACAUCAUCUCAUAAAUGAAGGAGUCGAGGCGAAUAUUAAAAAAAAAGACAUCGAAAAGAUAAAUGCAAUUUGUGUUGAAAGCAUUAAUAAAGAAGUUGAUAAGCUUCAAUCUUUGUCAAUUUCUUUUGAUGAAUCUUUGGAAUGCGAUGGAGGAGGCAUUAAAGGUGAAUUCAUAACUUUGAAAGUGCGACUUUUUCUGAUCGAGGGAAAAAUUAAAUUUGCUAAUGAAAGUGUUGAAAAAUUAAACCAGAAACUUGAGGGAGCUAAAGAUCUUCCAAUAACAUAUAAAAUCGCAAUUGAAGAGAAUCAAACAGCGCGUGAAAUCAUUGGAUGUAAAAUUAAUAAAAUUCAACAAAGCAUUGCUCAAAUGCAUCAAAUCAAAGAAGCAAUCACUGCUCUUAGACUUUCAAUGAGAUAUGCAAUUCAACGUGAGAAAAAGAUGAACACACGUCAAAAUAACAUCCACACAAUGUUGAAUCUUAAAAGAAGUGAAAAUGCUUACACUCCGAAGCAUCAUGAUGAACUUCAAAGAUUCCUUGACAUUCCUUUCGAAAAGUUUUCUUCUAAAAAUGAAAUAAUUUUCAAUCCAUUCAAUUACAACUUUGAUUUUGAUGAUAAAGCUGAUAAAUUGCUUCCAAUGAGAUUUCAAAACUUUAAAUUUCUUCUCAACUCACUGAGGGAAUUCUUCCACUUUAUGCAAAAAGUAAAGCAGAUAAAUGGAAAGAUUUUAUUUGAAACACCGAAUGAGCUUGUUUUUGACAGUUUUCAUGAUAAGCUGAUGAUGAAUAGAGAAGCCAUUGCUGAAUUUUUGGAUGAAAUUGUAAAGAUAAAUGUCACAGUAAACAGUUCAUUGAGAGAUUUAAAUUAUUUAACUGACUACACGAUUCAAAAUCCACUCAAAAAAUUUGUUCCUUCGAGGAAAGUUGACGGUAAAACUUUUAAAGAAACUGAAGAAGAAUUUAAAUUGUAUUACAACAUGUUUAAAAAUGAUCAAUUGUAGUAUAUUUAACAUGUCUUUGUUUUCAAUAAAAUAUUCUUGUUGUGGCAAUUCUUGUAAUAUUUAAAAAAAACUUUUGCACUCAAUAAAUGAAGCAAGUCAAAGGACUUCAAAUUAUUAAAAACUAAUAGAAGCUCAUCUUAUCAAU